AAUUUCGACGCGUUUUCUUUCUCAUCCACCAUGCUUUGGUUUUCUAAGCGAUGCCUCCCGCUUUCUCGGGUUAAAGGAAUUGUAGGGAUCGCUUUCUGUCUCCUCCAAGUAGCGCCGCCUAUCGUUUGUUGCCUUAUAAGUAUUGACGUAUUGACGGGUAUCGAAGCCCUGGGAGUUUUCUACAAAACGUCCUUUCUUUCCAUUCCUUUUCUUUUCCCACAGCGACCAACCGUCACACUGUCUCGCUUUCACCUUCUCUGCCUGCUCAAGCCAUGAAAAAAUGUAAAUCGAUCCUUCUUUCCCGCUGUGUCGGUGACUCUUGAGGACUGCAGAGCGCCUACUCUUCACUGUUCUUUAAAAGACUUUCUUCAACGAAAGAACGCUUUUUUCCCUAAAGCUGGCGUCGACAGCCUUACCCACGGUCGUUCAUUUCAUCCUCUUUUCUCUCCGGACUCAUGCCCCAUGACCGGUAGCGGCGCGGCUUCUAUUUCACUUUCUACUGUGGCGGAUUGCAUGGCUUCACAGAAAUUUGUCGCUAAGAAUUCGGUGCGAUUUACACAGCGGGCACAGCGUUCACUGCUUUGCACUGUUCUGUCGUAUCUACCGACCCAGCAGUGUCUCUGCCAGUCCCUAAGGAAGUUCGGAGAAUAGGCGAAAGUCGAGACUGGUGUGAAAACCUGGAUUUCUCCUUUUUAAUUCUCUUCUAUGCUGGCCGCGUGGUCGAAUCCAUCCGCGCUUUUUACCGAUACUCUCGUCUUCUUUCUAAACUUUGAACUGUGAACAACGUAUUGCUGGCCACCGUUUUUCUGCAGUCCGUCACUCCAGAGACUCUGCAAGUUUUCUUUCCGUCCACGGAGCCUGCCUUCGAUGGGCAUGCGAAUCUUCCGCUCCGUUCGCGCGUUUGACUGUUCUGGCAGUAACGCGUCUCUCUGCGCACUGGACCUGCAAUCUUUGCGAUAAAGAGAAGUCAUUUCCGUUACUUUCGCUUCCACGUUCGCCCGCAGCGUCACUGAAUGCGAGAGGUCAGACGACCUCAGAGGUUCGUUUCUGCCUCGACUUCUCGUUCUCCGCUUACUUUUCCUUCGUCGUCACCUCGUCGUGUGACACUUUGCUUCUCCUCGACGUCUGUCUUUCUUCAGCUUCGUUUCGAGCCAUCGUCAUCACGCUCAUGCUGGUCUCCUUCUGCUCUCGUUUCUGCCGUGUUCCGCCCCGCCUUCAGUCACUCCUUUCAGGGCGCGGGUCGACCUUUCCGAGCUGCUUUUUCGGCGCUUCUUCGAGUUGAUUUUUACUGCCCUCCAGAAGUUCAAAAAAUGCUUUUCGGACAUGCGGACUCCGGAUUCCCCACGGGGGGCAGAGGGGAGGGAGAAGAAGAAGGAGGGAAAAGGAGUCAGUCGUGCCGCUCAUGUGGCAGCACAGAGCUGGAGGCCAACGAGAGUCGAGGAGAAAUCAUUUGUUGCAGAUGCGGUACGGUGCUCGAGGAUCUGACACUGGUCGACGGCCUCCAGUUCGCCGAGUCCUCCAGUGGUGGAGUGUCGAUGGUCGGACAGUUUGUCUCGAGUUGCACUGGAGCGGGACGCGGCCUGAGAGCAGGUGUUGGUGGAGGCGGUGACAGCCGAGAACAGACUCUCCAGAGAGGAUUCAACAACAUUCAGUCUAUCGCAGAGCGCCUUCGACUUUCAUCGCAGCAGCACAUUUCCUCAGCUCAUCGCCUCUACCUCAUGGCAACUCAGAGAAACUUCACGCUCGGACGACGCUCGGUGCUCGUUGCUUCGGCUUGUCUUUACGCCAUUUGUCGCCGAGAACGUACCCCGCAUCUUCUGAUCGAUUUCUGCGACGUCCUGAGGACAAACGUUCGCGCUCUCGGCCAGGUCUUCAUGAAGCUGCUUCGCGUCCUCCACCUCCAAGUUCCCCACGUCGAUCCGUCUCUGUUCCUCGAACGCUUCGCUUGUCAAAUGCAACUUGGAGACAAGACUCACACAGUUGCGCAGACCGGAGUUCGUCUGAUUCAGGCAAUGAACAGAGACUGGAUCAGCACGGGCCGACGUCCAAUGGGCCUCUGUGGAGCAGCGCUGCUGAUUGCUGCGCGCUACCACAACUUCCAAAUGAAUGCAGAGGACAUUGCACAUAUUGUUCGUGUUUCAGGCCCGACAGUGAAUCGACGCCUGCAGGAGUUCAAGCAGACGGCGACAGCACAGCUGGCAGUGGCCGACUUUGAGUCUACCGAUCUUCUUUCCCUGCCUAGCCAAGCGCAGCCGCCGUGUCGCAUAAAAGCGUACCGGCGGAAACUGAAGUUGAUGCAGAAGAAAGAAGAAGAGACCCUUGCGCUCACGGACUCUCCCGCAGUUCCGGCGUUGCCGUCGACGGUGCCUGAAGAGAAGAAGGCGAGAAUGCGCAGCGAGGAGGAGAGCGACGAGCCCGCAGAAGCAAACGGAGCCGAACAGGGAGAAAACGGAGAAAGCAACAGAAGAGAGACAGAGGAAGGGGAGGACGUGUCUCUCGCCACUGUCUGCGGAGACUCCGGACCGAAACGCUUCGCCGAGUUUGCCGCCGUGGGGAAUUUACACCUCGACACUGAGCUCCUUUGCAAGGAGGCUCCUUCGCCAGAAGACAUUCUGAUGCUGGCUGGGCGCAUGGCCUCUGCGCUCGAUGGACGCGUGCAGAGCAAUCUAUCGCAGUCAACGUCUGCCUCGUGUCGAGAGGACUUUGGAACUCAGACAGACGUUUCGCUUGAUGCAAGCGUUGCGGGAGAAAGCCGCGACACGCACCGCACUGCUGGAGAAAGUGGCGGAGCUGAGGAAGGACGAACUCUCUCGUUGGACGCCUCGGGAACGGGGCAGGCUGGCAGUGAAGACCUACCGCCUCCCAGUGGAACUCACGGCUGUCGCCUUCGCUGUUCCGACGUUCCGGCUUCUGCUUCGUCGUCUGCGUCUUCUUCUGUCUCUUCUUCUUCUGCUUCUUCUUCCAUUCUCUCUGGCGUUGUUUCCAGAGCUUCUUGCGAGGACAGUGAAGAAAGCAGAAGCGUCAGAAGUGGAGGCGGCCGGUUUGGAGACACGGAGACUGUAGGGUCAACGGAGAGGGGAGAGGAGGACGACGACUCGGCCGAAGAAGAAAUUCGUGCCAUGUUUCUGAGUGAAAGCGAACAGCGAGCAAAGGCUCUUAUCUGGGACGAGCUGACGAAAGACGUGAUGCCUCUCGUGCACCGACGGUUGAAGGAGAAGAAACUCCGGGAAAGGGAGAUGAUGCUUAAUCAAUCCAAGCGAAAACGACUGCAGAGCACGGGACGACGGAGUCGCUUCGGAAGCGACGCAGGAAGCGCGCCUGCUGCCUCAGCGGCAGAGUCAGUCCGGCUGGCUCUUCAGAUGAGCAGCAGAAGCAUCGUGGGGAAAAUCAACGAUGACGCACUGAACAGCCUCUUCGGUCCUGUACGAAGAGUCACUGAGCAAAACGGGAACUAGAAGAGUAGCAGACUCUGUGACGAGCGAAGACCGCUUCAGGUUUCAAGUCAAGCCAGUCACGGAGCGUGAGACAAGCCUACAAACACAGAAGCUUCACAGGCGACGGAGAGCCAUGCGUUAAGAGCUCGAGAAAGGUCAAACGAUAUGAAUGUCUUCGUGUUUUGAUGACGCAGCUCCCUCGAAAAGGAAGGGUUACCUAGUCCGACACACUGGUCGUCCCGUCUCGCUCUUGUUUGAAGCUGCUGUGGUCGUUUGUGCGGUUAUUGUUUAAGCAGGACAGAUAGCUCUUUUGUUGGUCCCGCGCGACUGAGUGUGGAAUUUCCGUUUUCCUUCCUUUGUUGUUUGAAGUUCGUUUAUCGCGGGCUAGGAACCGUUGCACAGCGUGGCGCGUGUCUCUUUUUUCUCUUUUCCCUGAGUUUCUCUUUUUCCUUGUCUUUCGCUUCUCUCUUUACUUUCGCCUCUUUUUAUCGUUUUGCCUCCCCUUUCUGGAUGGCGGAUUCACCGCCGGCCGCCCUCGCGACUCCCAAGGCUGUGUGCCUGCUGCUUGUCGAAGGGCCUCGACGAACAAAUGCUUUUCUUCUGCUUUAUCUCUUUUUAACGUGGACAGAAACGCAGCUGCAGUCCACACUCAGCGCCUGUGGCGUUUCGAGUUCCCUCGACCGUUUUUUUACACCUUCGUUUGAGACAGCCAUGUGAACGCAGGGGCGUGGGAGCCACUUAGGAAUCGCCGACGCACUGUCCUGCGAGGCCUCAGCAAUUUGACUAGCUGGAUGCUGCUCUCCUCUGUCUCGUCCGUUUCGCGAUGCUUUACUCUGUUGAUUUCUUUCUCUCCCUGUCGCUGUCUUUUACUCCGUUGCUCCGUCCCUGUCUUUCACAGAGUCGAGUUCUGCGUCGCGGUCUCCCUGUCUCUCCUUCCCUCGCUCUCUGCAGCUUCUUCAACUAAUCCUCUAUCUCCCGGUCUCGUCGGCGUCCUUUCUGAGCGUGUUUUCACUUUGCAGUUUCUUCACCUGUCUACAGGAUUGCUUUCGCCCUUUGCUCAGUAGUUCGCAAAUGCGUUUGAAGGAAUACAGGGGGCAGCAGUGGUCUGCUCAACACAGAGUGUACAACCGGAAAGAAACAGCGAGUGAACACUCGCAC